UCUUGUGUGUUCAGUUUUAUUAACCUGUCAGUAGUAUUUACAAUCGGUCAAGGGCUAACGACAUAAAUAGCACGAAAAGAGGUUGAAAAUGCGUUAUAUGAGACAUUUUAGCAUGACGUUAUGUUUUUAAAAAUAACAGGACAGUAAAUGUUAAUGGGUGAUUUUUUCAUAUAAACAAUCAUUGGACGACAAAUUAAUAUCACAAUUAUAAUGGCAAAUGUGCUUGUUGAUUUGGAUGUUGAGAGUUUUGCUCCAGAAGUCCAUAAAGAAGACAAACCUGACUUUUCAUCAACAAGGAAACUGUACUCUUAUGUCAAGAAAAGGACGUUUGCAGCAUUUGUGGCUUCCAAGAAAUUUCCUCCAACCUGCGAAAACACCUCACCAGCUCUUUGGCUCUGUUGUGGACAGUCAUUCAAAGAGCCAACAUCAAUCCACAAACAUGUUUCCAACAGCCAUGCCAGAGAGAUUCACCAGCAGACCACUGAGACGCUGGACGUGAUGCUUCGGCAGGCUCACAGCGAGGACUCGAUGGAAGAGUCCAUUAAUGACGAAUCAACAGAUGUCUCAUCCUGGAUCCCUGAUACAAGCCAUGUUCAAGAGGAUGACCUUAUCAAGGGUCCAGGUGAAGUUCUGCUGUAUUACUGCUACUGCCGUUUAAAUGAUCCUCAGAUGAUUUGUCAGUGGCAGAAAGAGCUUUGUUCAAAAUUUCACAUGACAGGCAAGGUACGAGUAGCUACAGAGGGUAUCAAUGGUACAGUUGGUGGAACCAAAACCGCCACUAAUCUUUACGUCAAGGCAAUGCUGUCACAUCCAUCUUUCAAAAUAAUGCAAGUACAGGAUUUCAAGAAAAGUGUAGGAGGUGCAGAGUGUUUUUCUGAUCUGAAGGUUGGUGUUUACAAAGAAAUUGUCCCUAUGGGUGUAGAUCCCGAUAUCAUCUCCUACAGAUUGGCUGGAAUACACUUGGAACCAGAGGAAUUUCACAAAGAAGUGAAGGCGUUUGUGGAGAAUCAGUCCUCCAUUAGUGAUACGAUCCUGCUGGACUGCAGAAACUUCUAUGAGAGCAAAAUUGGUCAGUUCGAUCAGUGUUUGGCCCCCGACAUCCGGAAAUUCAGCUACUUCCCAGACUACGUGGAAAAGAAUUUGGAUCUCUUUCGGGACAAAAAGGUUCUGAUGUACUGUACAGGGGGCAUCCGCUGUGAACGGGGCUCGGCCUAUCUCAGAUCAAAAAACAUAUGCAAGGAGGUUUACCAGCUGAAGGGAGGCAUUCACAAAUACCUUGAGCAGUUCCCCGACGGCUUCUACCGCGGUAAACUCUUUGUGUUUGAUGAACGUUAUGCCAUCGCAUUCAAUGAGGACAUCAUCUCAGAGUGCAGAUAUUGCAGUUGCCCGUGGGAUCGAUAUCAGCUUUGCUCCACAGACUUCUGCUGUCAGCUGGUGCUGUCGUGUGCCACCUGUAGAGAGAGAGGGCUGACGGCCUGCUGUCCUGUAUGCCAAGCCAAAGAGCAAAACCACAGUGACGUCUCCUCUGAUGGGCUUCCUCGUCGAGAGGAGUGCGAAUGCACAAUGUCACGACCCAGAAUCCCCAAAGAUACACUAUGACAAACUCGAUGAGUUGAAAAUCAUCUCAGAUGGCCUUUAACUGUGUGAUUUUUAAGAAAUCUAAUCAUGCUUUUUUAAUAACUUGAAACUGUUGUACCAAUUCAGUAUUGCUUUUAAAACUGGACGCAAUGCAAAUCUUCAAUUUUUCUGCAUUCUUAAUUUUAUUUGACAUUCAAAAAUCAUACAUAUAUAAAUGGGACGGGUUAAUUUGUCCAACAGUAAUCGGGUCAUUCAACUCAAACUAUACACAGACA